AUGGAUUACGAGUAUAAUCUCACCCACAUUACUGUGAGUGGUUAUGUGGAAAUCGACAAAUUAAGAUACUUUUUCUUUUGCAUCAUGUUUGUAAUUUAUUCUUUGAUAUUGUGCAGUAACUUUACAAUUGUAUACCUGAUUUGUGUUCACAAAGACCUCCAUAAGCCCAUGUACAUCUUUAUUGCUGCACUGUUACUAAACUGCUCUGUUUUCAGCACCACUGUUUACCCAAAGCUUUUGAUAGACUUCCUGUCUGAAGAGCAAAUUGUUUCUUAUUCAUUCUGCCUCUUUCAGUUUUUCAUGUUUUAUUGUGGAUCUGGUUCAGAGUUUUUACUGCUUGCAGCCAUGGCCUAUGACAGAUAUGUGUCUAUAUGUAAACCUCUGAGGUAUGCAGCUAUCAUGAAGAAAAAAAACAUAAUCGCUUUGCUUGUUUUUGCAUGCCUUACACCUCCCCUUCACAUUUCAGUUUUAACAAUUCUCAGUGCCAAGGCUAGAAUCUGCAAAUUUGAUUUAAAUGGCAUAUUUUGUAACAACACCAUGUACAAACUUCAUUGUUUGAGCUCAAGGUUUUUAACCAUAUUUGGUGUAGUAGCUUUAGUAGAUCUUAUGAUCCUUCCUAUGCUCUUCACAGUUUUUACAUAUGCAAAAAUAUUUAUCAUUUCUUAUCAAAGCUGUAAAGAGUUCAGAAGAAAGGCUGCAGAGACCUGUUUCCCUCACCUGCUGGUUUUAUUCAGUUUCUCCUGCUUGGUGUUUUAUGAUGUUAUUAUAGCUCGAGUGGAUUCAGAUAUUUCAGAAACCUUACGUUUCAUUAUGACAUUGCAGAUGAUACUUUAUCAUCCAUUAUUUAAUCCUUUUAUAUAUGGGUUAAAAAUGAAAGAAAUAUCUAAAUAUUUAAGAAAGUUGCUGUGUCGAGCCAAACACACAGAGAAUAUCUAA